CAUAGAUAGAAGAAAAUGCCCCACAUGAAUGAGUUCCCUUCCCUUCCAAGACAGCUGAGUGAGUUGACUAACGCAGAGUUGUAUGUUUCCGGUACGAAACAAAACAAAAACAACGUUUCUCAAUCCCCCGUUUCUUUCAUCUUCCUCCUCAUUUUAGUCCCCAAAUCUCCCAUCUUUAUCUUCGAUUCUCAUAUGAUGUCGAACCCCGUUGAACCAACCAAGAUUGACGAUGCUGGAUCCAAUUCCAACGUCGAGAACCCUACUCCGGCUGUCUCUGCCAUUAACAGGCGUUGGAAAAGGGAGGAUUUGUUUAAUAAAGGCUCUCUCUUUCUUAGAGGAUUGGCUUUCUUCUUCUCUUUGCUAUCUUUCAUUAUCAUGGCUUCCAACAAACAUGGUGGUUGGAAAAAUUUCGAUCGCUAUUCUGAAUACAGGUAUUUGUUGGCAAUUGCAGCUCUAUCGAUUUUGUACAGCGGAGGACAAGCGUGGAGACAGGUGCUUUCGAUUUGGAAAAACAAUAACAUAUUAGAACAACGUUUCUCUGCCAUGCUCGACUUUUUUGGAGAUCAAAUGGUGGCAUACCUGUUGAUAUCAUCCACAUCCGCGGCGAUUCCAUUGACAAACAAUAUGAGAGAGGGACAAGACAAUAUUUUCACCGAUGCCUCAGCUUCGGCUAUCAGUAUGUCAUUUUUUGCCUUCCUAUCGCUGGCACUAUCAGCCAUGGUUUCGGGUUAUAAACUUUCAACUCAAUCAUACAUCUAAUCUAUAGGUGUGCCUUUUAGCUUCAUUCUUUUUUUUUUUUACCCUACAUGAUUAUUUGUGUACUUAUCAUUCAUUUCUCUUGUAUGUAUUUUUGUGUGCAUCAAUGUUGUUCUUUUUCCUAGUACAGUCGACAGAGCAGUGUUCAUAGCUCUCAGCUCCGUCUCUUUUCAGUUUUUUUUUUUCUUUCCCAUGUUUAUGGUUUGAUUGUCUUGAAAGUUGUUGUGUCUUAAAUUACACGUAAGCUUAAAGUUGUGAUAAGCAGUCAUUGUGCAUAGAGAUGUAUCUGCAAUGCAUGAAUGUGAUGAAUAGAAAGACAAAAAGGUUGAAGUCGAAACAGGAAAA